AUGAAGUUCACAUCCGCCAUCAUUGCCCUCUCUGCCGUCGCCGCCUUGGUCCAGGCCGGAGCUCCUUCGCUCCCUCUCACAGACGCCGCUAAGCUACCCGGUAGCCCUGUCAAUCUCUCUACCAAGCGCGGUCUCCCUAUCGUUGCUGCCCCUCCCGGCGCCGCUCAGGCUAUCAACACUGCCACUGAGCCUAUCAUUAAUGAAGUUGGUAGUGUCGUCCCUUUCGGAACUGCUCCUACGGUCGAAAAGCGCGGUGCCAAGGCCAACGUCAAUGUUGAUGCCAAGAUUGAGGCUGAGAUUCAGGCCGCCGUCAAGCUUAUCCUCAAUGCCGUCGCUGACAUCGAGGUCAAGGCUGAACUUGUUGCUCAGGUUCUUGCCAAGGUCAAGGCCAACUUGAAGGUCGUCGUUGAUGCUGCUCUUGAAGCUAAGCUCAAGGCUGCAAUCACGGCCAUCGUUGAUGCCCAUGUCAACCUCAAUGUCCUCGCUGACAUCAAAGCCAAGGUCGACGCCAAGGUCGAGGCUGCCCUCGGCCUUGUUGUCAAGGCCGAUGUUGAUGUCGUCGCCAAGGUUGCUGCCAAGGUCACAGCCGAUAUUACCGCUGAUAUUGCCGUCCAGCUCAAGGCUAUCGUUGCUGCCAUCAAUGUUGAUGUCAAGGGUAUCAAGGCUAUCAUUAAGGCCAACGCAAACGUCCUCGCCCUUGCCAAUGUUAACGCAAUUGUCAAGCUCAACCUGGAUAUCCAGGCCGUGAUCAAGGCCCUCCUCAACGUCGUCAUCAAAGCUAAGAUCGAUGCCGCCGUCAACGUCGCCCUCGGCAUCAAUGCCAAGGUCAAUGUCAACUAA